AAAGUGAGGAAAUUUUUAAAAUAAAAUAUUGUUAAGAAGAAAGCCUUUUUACAGCUUUAAUUUGUGAUUUUAGUAGAAUAUAAUCAAACCAGCGUACUAUUUAUUCUUCAAAGAACGCACGAAAUGCACAAUGGAUGACAUUCUUGAAGAAGUAAAAUUAUUUGAUGAAGAAACACUCCGGAAAAAAUUAAAAGAAUUCGGUGUCUCUAUUGGUCCAGUAAAUGACGCUAUUGUUCGACGAAUUUUCCAGAAAAAGCUUACUAAGUUUAUUGCCAUUGAAAGGGGUAUAUCUGUUGAAGAAAACAAUGAUGGCCACAUUUCGAUUGAAUCAAAGAUAUCGGAAAAUGGAAAGACAACUGAUAAAAUUCAGCCAACACUUCCUCAAAUGCAAAGAUCGGCUGAAUUAUUUUAUAGUUUAUCAGUUCCAAGUGAUGUAGUGUUAGAAGAGGGGCAAAACCUGAUAUUUACAGAUAAAGUAGAAGCUUUUAAAACAGCAAAAAGGCUAAAAGGGUCUCGAUUUAAAGUUUUUAAGACAAUACAAGAAGCAGAAGAAUUCUGUCAAAGAAAAGCCGAAGAAUAUGCAUCUCCUUGUAGGACUAACCCGCAGAUAAGUGUUGAUGUCGGAGAUGGUCCUCAAAAGCCUCAAAUACCUGUAUCAGCUGAGUCCUCUUUGUUCAAGGGACCUAAGGUUCAAGAUCUGAUGAAAAUGCGCAAGAUGAUUGAAAAAGGUGACCUUGAUGGUGUUAAAGAGCUUGUACUCAGUAACCCUAGGUACCUUGUCAGUUCUGGUGAUACACCUACAAUACUGCAGGAGGGAUUCAGAUACAAUGCUCUUCAUGUAGCAGCCAAAUGCAACCAAGCAGCAAUAACACGAUUCAUCUUAGACACCCUUGAAACGGUGAAUUUUGUGCAACUGCUAUACCCCCAAGAUUCCCUUGAUACAUCCACCAGCAGAAUAAAGUUCCUCGUCGACUUGUAUAUCAAUAUGCCUGAUAAAGGAAACAAUGAAACGCCAUUGCAUUUUGCGUCAAAAUUUGGCAACCUGGAUGUCUUGGAGGUAUUGGCAACCCAUCCGCGUAUACAGAAACAAAUCAAGAGCAAGUUUGGAGAAACACCUGCAGAUGUUCUGUGUAGUCGGGUACAGAAUGUAAGCAAAGAAACCAAGGAUAAAAUGAAGGAACUGUUAGAAGAUCAGUUCUAUGUGCCACUCCUGAGAUCUGAUGACAAUAGUACACCACCUGUCAUCUCAGAGCCAUGGUCCCCUGAACAGAGUCAGUCUGACUUUGAUUAUAUAGGUCAGCUACACAGCUCUCCCAGUCAAAGCCCAAGAGACCCCCUUCUCAAUGUGAAGGCAUUUGCAGGUCCCAUGUCACCUUCUAAGGCAUCAGCGUUUCACAAGCAAUGGAUGGGGUCACCUACACAUGGAUCGCCAACACGCAACCUGGCUGAGAUGAAGAAACUGCGUAACAUCAAAUACACCGACCCCGACAAGGGGGUUGAAAGGAUAGGAAGAGGUUUGGCUGCUGAGUUGUGUGUCUCCUGGAAUGAAUAUUGGGAUUUCUUACAAUGCUAUGCUGAUCUGACCACAACAACAGGUCUAGAUAAACUAGAGCAGUUCCUGAGAGAGAAGCAGGAUAUGUACACACAAGAGAAAGAGGCUCAAAAUAUUAAAUGUGAUGAUGAUCUUAAUGAUGACAAUAAAGAUGACAAGGAUGAUUUUGUUGAUUGUGAGGAGCCUGCUGAUGAUGCAGAUGAUACAGACAACCCAUCAACCACAGAAAGUGAUCCUACUGAAGUAUUCAAUAAUGACAUCAAAGCAAAACAAAAUGAUAGCAUUAUGAAUAGCAGUGAUGGUGUAGGUAGUUUGACAUCCCAGAUGGCGCUACUAACUCUUAACAGCCCUAGUGUUGUACCCCCACACUCAAAUAGCAAAAUCACUAGUGACAGAACAGCUGAAGAUGUGUUUAAGUCUAUACCAGAGAAAGAUAGUGGACAGAUAGAGCUGUUUGUUGAUGCCAGUGAUGUGUUUGAAGCCAAAGAAGGGGCUAGAUCCAGCUCCACCCAAAAUGAAUCUGAUUUGUCAAAAUUUGAACCUGGACAGUGCAGUAGUCAUGAAAUCUUGCCAAAUGACAGUGUUAAUCUUAAUGAGAUCAAUGCCACAGCACAGAAUGUAAAAGCCAUUCAACUCAAUCCUACACCAGGUGGAGCUGCUGUAUCUCCAUUGCGAAUGUUGACAUCAAGAGUUACUGGAGGUGUCAGAAAUGUCUAUAAUGGACUAUCGAAUUUGCUUUGGUCUCCCAAAAGCAAAAUCAAUGAUCCCUCAUUUGAUGUCAUUGAAAACAACCCCAUUGAACCCAUCAGUGCACCUGUUCAAUCAAAUGACACGGUAGACUCAGACAUUCCUAACAGUGACCCUGAUGUGAAGGUAACAAAAGUUAAGGACUUUGAUUCAUUUGAUACACCUAAGAAGAUAACUAGACCUAUUGAGGAUGACAGUGUUGAAACUGCCAAGCAGGAAUGUCCUGGGAAACUUGGUCCUCUGGAACACAAGCAAAAUAUUUUCAUUGAUGGGCUCUUUCCCAGUAAGAGGGACGUUGAUGUAUGUAGAGCCCUGGACACAGUUGACAUAGAUCCCAAUACACAUCCAUACAUCUCUCAUUGGCUGUCACUGGUCCAAUCACACUCUGAAGCUGAUAGAAACAGAUGGCCUAGUCCAUGUUCAAGGGGUUAUAGCAAACUGCGACAACAGUAUGCAGGCACCCCUCUUAGAAAUGGACCCAGCCCAUUGGUCGAAAACUCCAUAUCAAAGCGCCAUCUGGAGGGAGUACAGGCCAACCUGAUGCAGUCAUUCGAUGCGAUUGAUUCCAAAUCAUAGACUUUAAACAUUUCUAGAAAAAGACUGAUCAGUAAAGUUAGUUUCCGAGUCAAGUUUGGUGCCAUAUUAAUGCAAAAAUUUUGAAGAGGAGAAGAAUUAUGAGUUUUAAUUCAGCACUGUGAUUUUAGAAUACCUUUAAAUUCAAUCAAAGUAUAUAUUUUAAUGCUAGAAACAUGAUGCCACUGUUGGAACAGUGUUUCUACUGUAACAUGUCAUGCCAUUUUAGUAUAAUUUUUAUUACUAUGCUUUUAUCAAUUUCUUUAAUAUUUAAGAAAUAAUUUUAAAUAAAGACUUAUUAAACUAUAUGCUCUUUCUUUUUGACUCUGUCUAAUAUGUA